AUGAAUUUCAUCACGAGAAUGGGUAAGAAGGCCAAAGCUGCCGCUGCAGCAGUUAUGGAAGAAAAGCGAACGAAUGAAAAUAAUGUAAAAGAAAAUUCUCCCACGGAUAAAAAAUCAACAGCGUCGAAACAAGUUGAAAAGGGUACCAAGAACAAGAAGAACGAAAAGACUGAAAAGAACGAAAAGAUUGAAAAGAUUGAGAAGAAUGACAAGAGUGAGAAGAGUGAGAAGAGUGAGAAGAACAAUAAGAAAGCUGGAGCGAAAAAAGGUAAUGAAGAAACGACAAAUGUACAACUUAAUGGAAAUGUAAACAAAAAGAAAGAAAAUAAUGUAGAGAAUAAUAAAAGCAUUAAUUUAAAGGAAAGCAAUGUCACUGAUGUUAACAAUAAAAAUCUUGAACAAAACAAUGCUGCGCAGAAGAAAAAGAAAGCUAAUAAAAAUGGCAAAAAAAUGAAUUCAUCAGCUGUUAAGACAAAUGAAGAUUCGGAAGAGGAGGAGGAGAAAGUGAUUGAAAGUCCAACACAACAAGGAAAGGAAAAAAAUUCUAAGAAGAAAGAUGAGCCAAAGAAUAAGGAAGAGACGAAAAAAAAAGGUGAACAAAAAAGGAAAGAUGAACCAAAGAAGAAAGAUGAACCAAAGAAGAAAGAUGAACCAAAGAAGAAAGAUGAACCAAAGAAGAAAGAUGAACUAAAAAAGAAAGAAGAACCAAAGAAGAAAGAUGAACCAAAGAAGAAGGAAGAGAGUCAAAAGGAGGAAGAAAAGGAAGAACCCAAAAAAGAUAUGAAAAAGGAACUAAAAUUAAAAGAUGAUGAAAGGAAAAAAAUAGAAAAUGAUUUAAACAAGAAGUUUCAAAAAUUAAACAAACAAGAUAAUAGCAAAAAUUUUAAUGAUAAAAUGGAAGCAGAAGUUAAAAGAAAAAAUGAAUUUGAAAAUUUAAUUAGUGCAAUAAAUACGUCAAUUUCGAAGGUUAAUGCACAAACACCAAGGCCAACGAAUUUGAAAUUGUCAUCAGCUGAUGUAGAAAAUAAGUGUAAAGAAGCUAAAUUAAAAAAAAAAAAAAUAAAUCCUAAAAAUUUAGAAGAAAUGGAAGAAGUAAACACGUAUAUAAAUUAUUUAGAGGAACAAUUAACUAUAACUAAAAAUUAUGAAAACUUUAAAAAUUUCCAGAACAGAUUAAUAACAUUAAAAAAAGCAUGUGAAGAAAAAGUGAAGGAAAAUUUAAAAAGCUUAACUCAAAUUAAAGUACAAGAAAAAAAAUUAAGAUUUGUGGAUAAAAUUAUAAAGUAUAAAAAGGAAAAACAUAAUGUUACUGUCACGGAAGCAGAUAUUAUUAGCAAAGAAUUUGUAAUGCCAAAUGAUAAGUAUACCCAAUUAAUUAAACCUUUCAAUUUUAUCAGUAAAAUACAAGGCAAAUAUGUAGUAUAUGUAGACAAAGUAAAUAACAAUAACAACUUUGAAAAUAAAGUUUCUUUACUCAUAUCCGGUUGUAAAGAGGAUAUAGAAAAUUUUAUAACUCAUUUAAAAAAUAUUGAUUUAACAGAAAAAAAUUCCUUACAUUUGACCAACAGAACUUUUAAAACUAUGCUAAAUAUGUAUGAUGGUAGUUUUAAAAAAAUGGAAACAGAGACAAAUGUAUUGCUUCACAUAGAUAAUGACACACUUUACUAUUGUGGUAUGAAAAAAGAUAUAGAAAAUUUGAAAGAACUGAUUGAAAAAGCAAAUAAUGAACAAAAUGCAAAUACAAAAAAUAUUUCCAAAGAGAUUAAAUUAGAUUCUGUUUUAGGAAGAGGAUUUAACAAGGGGUUAUUAAAAGCCAUAGAAGUAAAAACAAAUACAUUUAUAAGAAUGAAUUAUGAUUCUAAAACAUUUGAAGCAUCUGCUACUAUUAAAGGAAGCAAAACAAGUGAUAUAGAAGAAGCUGAAGAACAAUUAAAUGAAAUUAUUAAAAAUUUAGAAUCGAAAUUUGUAGAAUUUGAGGAAAGGGAAAUAUUUUCCUUGUAUAAAAAAUGUGCAUACGAAUUAAAUGAUAUUAAAAUGAACUUAAACUUAUUUGUCAUACGUCAUGAUAAUGGUAUUAGUCUAGUUGGAAAAGGAGAAAACAUUAAAAAAGGAUUAGAAAUAUUAGAUUAUGCGAAAAAUGUUAUAUCAAACAAAUCAGUAAAAAAAAAAGUAAGCGAAGAAGAAGCAUACCUAUUCAAUGCAAAUUAUAGAAAUUAUAUUAAGGAACAAACUGGUGCUGAAGUAAAAAUAUUUAAUAAACCAAAUUAUAAAGAAUUAAAUAUUAGUGGUAAUAAGAAUGAUAUAGAUAAUGCCAUAAAAUUAAUUGAUGAAUUAUUAGAAAAAAGAAAAUGUGUAGAAGUAGAAAUUAACGAAAAAGUAAUUGCACUUCUCCUCUCAGCAAAAGCACAGAAGAUUAAAGAAAUUGAAAAAGAUACUUCCACAAGUAUUCAGAUAAAUAAAAAUAGUCAUAUAGCUCAGAUAUAUGGACAUGAAGAAAAUAUAUACUUAGCAAAAGAAGUAUUAGAAAAUCUACUACAAUCAAAUGAUAAUGAAGAAAAAUACACUCCGAAUAAUUCAUACAUCACUGUAGAAAUGGUUGUUGAUACUGAACAUAUAGGAAGUAUUAUAGGAAAAAAAGGUAGAACAAUUAAUAAAAUUCAAGAAGAAACAUUUGCCAAAAAAAUACAUAUUGACAAAGAUAGCAAAAAGGUUUUCAUUCAGGGUACUCAGAAAACUGUCGAUGCAGCGAAGAAAGAAAUUCUAAAAAUUUUAAAUAGAAGUAAGGAAGAAAAUAGUCAUCAUAAUUCUUAUCAAAAUGACCGCUACAAAAAUUCAAGUCAUUCUGUUUCAGGAAAUAGAAGAUCACCAUACAAAAGCACUAGAUCAUCAGGCAAGCCCAGCUAUCGAUCAGGUUCACCCAGGAAUGGAGUAUACAUCAACACAAAUGAUGAAAAGGCAUUUCCAAGUCUUCACGACGUGACAAAUAUUCAAUCAAAGAAAACCAAAAAAGCCAUAAAUCAAGCGAAUACCAAGAGGCAAGACGAGAAUCAAGCAGCUGAAAUUACAUCAGCAGAAAAGCAAUAG